UGGUGCAAGCCCCGGGUGAGGAGUGAGGAGCCGAGAGGAGACAACCUGCUCCGCCCUCAGCUCCUCCACCAUCCCCUGUCAUCACCGAGCUGUCAGGCGCUCCUCUGUCCACACAGCGAGGCGAGGAGACCCGAGAAGGAGCACAGGAGCACAGGAGGAGGAGGAGGUUCAAGUGAGCAGUGUACCGGAGGAGCAGCGGUGAAGACGGACGUGUAGCUGUACUUCAGUUGACAGCUAGCCGUUAGGUCCGCAGCUAGCUAACCCCAUGAGCCCGUCCUGUUCCCCGGGUGAACUCCACCAGCCGGUCCUCUGAGUCCAAGUCGAGCAGCGAAGCAGGGGACAGCACAGAGUGCAUGUAUGUUUUAAGCAGCACAUGGCCUGUAUUGUGCUGACAGACAUGGAGCUGCCUACCUCUGGUCCCACAGCGCACGGCAAUGAUCUCCAGCCUGACCACGACCCGGCCAUGGGACACAACCCCAAGCAGGACGUGGAUGCCGCCUGUCUUACUGUCCACCUUUACUACCAGGGGAAGGCCGGAGAAGGGCAUGGGGCCAAAGUCUCAAAAAGUGUGCUCACAUUUCCACAUGGGGAUUACAUUGUGGAGGAACUGUGCAUCGCUGCGGCAAAAGCUUGUGGGAUUGCUCCAGUCUACUGCAACUUGUUUGCCCUGUUGAGGGAAAGUGACCGGAUAUGGUUCCCUCCAAAUCACAUCUUUAAACUCCACCAGUCAGAAAGUGAAGACCUGCACUUCAGAAUAAGAUAUUAUUUUCCUGGCUGGUAUAACAACAGCAGUUCAAUUUAUGCCCAUCGUUACGGUGUGUCCAACGGGAGGGAGAGCCCUGUUAUUGAUGAUUGUGUAAUGGCAUACCUGUUUUUUCAGUGGCGUAGCGACUUUCUUAAUGGCUUGGUUGAAAUCCCAGUGAGCCACGAGUCCCAGGAGGAGUGUCUGGGCAUGGCGGUGCUGGACAUGAUGAGGCUUGCUAAAGAGAAUGGUCAGUCACCUGUGGACAUCUACAAUGAUACCAGCUACAAAUCCUUCUUGCCGAGUUGCAUGCGGAGCCGCAUCCAGGAGUACAACAUCUUGACGCGGAAAAGGAUCCGCUAUCGCUUCAAGAAGUUCAUCCAACAGUUCACUGAAUGCAAGGUCACGGUGUGUAACCUCAGGCUCAAAUACCUGAUGAACCUGGAGAUGCUGCUGCCCUCACUCUUCUCAGAGCAUUUUCAAGUCACCGACCUAUCUGCGUGCGAGCUGACCAUCGUUGUCACGGGCAACAAGGGCAUCCAGUGUUUGAAAGGGAAAGAAGAAGAUGGAGCAGAGGAGGAGUUAAAAACAUUCUGUGACUUCCCAGAGCUGAUUGACAUCAGCAUAAAACAGGCUAAUAAGGAAGGAUCUGCAGACAGUCGCAUAGUUACCCUGACCAGACAGGACAGCAUGACCCUGGAACUGGAGUUUCAUUCUCCAUCCGAGGCUCUGUCGUUUGUAUCAUUAGUUGAUGGAUAUUACAGACUAGUGGCUGAUGCCCAUCAUUACCUUUGUAAAGAGGUGGCUCCACCAAGACUUCUGGAGUGCAUUCAGAGUUACUACCACGGCCCUGUAUCGAUGGAGUUUACGAUUGGUAAGCUGCGCCGCUUUGGCAACCAUCAAGGCCUGUACAUCCUGCGCUGCAGCCCAAGAGACUACGACAAAUACUUCAUGUCCUUUGUUGUGGGGUAUGAAAGUGUGGUUGACUAUAAGCACUGUCAGAUCAUGAAGAUGGAGUCAGGAGAGUACAUUCUGAGUGGAGCCAAGAGGAGCUUUGGCUCACUGAGGGAGCUUCUGCACUGUUAUCAAAAGGAGGCGCUGCGCACAGAUGGAUACACAUUUCAGCUGACCAGGUGCUGCCCCCCCAGCCACAAAGAAAAAUCCAACCUGCUGGUGUGUAGAAUUAACCAGGGGGCAGAGGCUCCUCUGACGCCGUCCCUCCACAAACAUGCCGGCCAGAUGGUCUUCCACAAGAUUCGAAAAGAGGACCUCACCAUCAAUGACAGUCUGGGCCAAGGAACUUUCACCAAGAUCUUCUGCGGUGUGAGGAAGGAGCUGAGAGAUUAUGGAGAUGUACAUCGGAUGGAUGUUGUUAUCAAGAUCCUGGACAAGGCUCAUCGCAAUUAUUCAGAGUCGUUCUUUGAAGCAGCCAGCAUGAUGAGCCAGCUCUCCCACAAGCACUUAAUACUCAACUAUGGUGUUUGUGUUUGCGGCGAUGAGAAUAUGAUGGUGCAGGAGUUUGGUAAAUUUGGUUCUCUGGACAUUUACCUGAAAAAGAAUAAAAGCUGUGUCAACAUCACAUGGAAACUAGAAGUGGCCAAGCAGCUAGCCUGGGCUAUGCACUACCUGGAGGAUAAAAACCUCAUUCAUGGAAACGUCUGUGCAAAGAACGUUCUUCUGAUCAGAGAGGCGGAUCGCAAGACAGGCAACCUGCCAUUCAUAAAGCUCAGUGAUCCUGGUAUCAGCAUCACUGUUCUGCCCAGAGAAGUGCUGGUAGAGCGUAUCCCAUGGGUGCCCCCCGAGUGCAUUGAAAAACCACAGAACCUGAGUUUAGCCACAGACAAGUGGGGCUACGGGACAACGCUCUGGGAGAUCUGUAGUGGUGGAGACAAACCACUCAGCACUCUGGAUUGCUCCAAGAAGAACUUAUUCUAUGAAGACAGGCACCAGCUUCCAGCUCCCAAAUGGACAGAGCUGGCCAAUCUGAUAAACAGCUGUAUGGACUACGAGGCCUCGCACCGCCCGUCCUUCAGAGCAAUCAUCAGAGACCUGAACAGCCUCUUCACACCAGACUACGAGCUGUUGGUGGAGAGCGACAUGUUACCAAACAAGACGAGAGGCUUUGGCCUCCCGUGGUCCUCAGAGAGCCAGGAGCCCGCACAGUUUGAGGAGAGACACCUUAUCUUUCUCAAGCAGCUGGGCAAAGGGAACUUCGGCAGUGUGGAGAUGUGCAGGUACGACCCCCUGCAGGACAGCACUGGGGAGGUGGUGGCAGUGAAAAAGCUGCAGCACAGCACGGCCGAGCACAUCAGGGACUUUGAGCGGGAAAUUGAGAUCCUCAAAUCCCUCCAGCACGAAAACAUCGUCAAAUAUAAAGGCGUCUGUUACAGCGCAGGACGAAGGAACCUGCGGCUGGUCAUGGAAUACCUCCCCUACGGCAGCUUGAGAGAUUAUCUCUCCAAACACAAGGACCACUUUGACUCCAAGAAACUGCUGCACUACGCGUCACAGAUUUGCAAGGGUAUGAACUACCUUGCCACAAAUCGUUACAUCCACAGAGACCUGGCGACGAGGAACAUCCUGGUGGAGAGCGAGAUGAGGGUGAAGAUCGGUGACUUUGGUCUGACCAAGGUGCUGCCGCAGGACAAAGAGUACUACACGGUCAGAGAGCCUGGAGAAAGCCCCAUCUUUUGGUAUGCUCCAGAGUCACUGACAGAAAGCAAGUUCUCUGUGGCAUCCGACGUUUGGAGUUUCGGAGUCGUCCUCUACGAACUCUUCACCUGCAGUGACAAGAACUGCAGCCCACCAGCAGUGUUCAUGGACAAAAUUGGGAAUGAAAAGCAGGGCCAGAUGAUCGUCUACCAUCUGUUAGAUCUGCUAAAACAAGGAUAUAGGCUGCCGGCUCCUGACAACUGUCCGAAGGAGAUUCACAAGAUGAUGGACGACUGCUGGAGCAGUGACCCAAGUCUGCGGCCUACUUUCAAGACAUUAAUCCACAGUGUGGAGUCCGUGCGAGAGGGCAAGGAGGGAUGAGCGGAGUCAUCCCUGAACCUUUGAACUUCAGGUGUUGACUCACAGGAAUCAGUGAUUCCUCUGUGACGUGCACUGCAGCAGCACAGUGGAAAGACUGAGCCGGCCACGUUUCUUUCUUAUGGAGCUCAACCUGCCUUUCAGCCUCAUUAACAAUCAUCUAAAUGAAGACGUCAGACCUGACGCCAAACAACAGAUCAUUCAUGACACGUUUGAGAACAUUUAAUCAUGAGAUGAUUCAUUUCAUAAUUUGGUGUUGGUCUUUGACUGUAGAAAGGAAACACUUUUGUGGAUGAAGUAUUUUCUGCUUUUUAAGCUGUUGUGAAAAUGAACCGGAACCAAAAAUGUAUAAAUCACCCACAAGCAGCAUUUUGUGAAUAACUCCGUCUUUUUAUUUUGGAGCAGCGACUUGUUUUAUUGUUUUAUUCCAAGAGACCAUGGGAUUCUCCACAGAAUGUUACAUGUGUGAGGGCAACUCAAACUAGACUCCUGACUGAUAUUUUUUAAAGAAUUUUUAGGAGCAGUUAUUUAACAAAAACAAUGCCGAGCACAGACUGUCUCUAAAGAGUUUGUUGAACAAAAAUGCUCCCAAACCACGUGAUGUCACCCGCUUGACACUUUUUAAGACUGAUAAAGGACGAUCACGCUUCUGUGACGAGGGGACCCUGUGAAGAUCUCUACCGGUGGAGCUGAAGUCAGAUUUCUGUCUUUAUGCUGGACUUGGCAGAUAUUCAUGACCCACUGAGGAUGAUCCUGUGUUUCUUUUUAUAAACAGCGGAGGCAGCAGAAGAAACAGCCAGUUUCUUAGUUUACAUCAUAAUGUCAAAACGGCAAUACCUGCUCAUGAAGCUCUUUGAUAACAAAGUAUCGACAAUGUCCUGGACAGUAUCAGUUAUUUUUGAACACCCAGGGAAAUGAUGACAUUGUUUUUGUUACUGAUUACUAUAUGAAUAUAUAUUUUAUAGAUACAGUUUGAAGUUUUUAAUGGUACAAUGCUAUAAUAUCAGCCUGUACAUACAUGAUGUGAAAAGUGUGUUGAAAGUAAUGAAGGGAAGUGUUUGUUGUUGUAAAACAUGUAAAAAAUAAGCUUGCAUGAUUUCAUUUUUAUGUGAAAGUUAAAAACUGUACAGGCCAAAUGUUAUUGAAUGAAGUGUGUGAUGCGUGAGAGGAAACUCUUGAUGUGAAUUUGCAAGGUUAUUAUCGUCCACAACAGACGAGACAUACAAAUACAAGCAUGCACACAAAAUGUGAAAGGAUGGGUCACAUCUUGCAUGAAUGAGUCACUGUUGAGAGCAAAGUUUUCUCACUUUCACACACAAAGUUUGUUUGUGCGCUCCCGAACCUCUGGGCCAUAUUUCCACUGAAGAUCCGACCUGAAUAUCUGAGUUAAGCGUGUUGUGAAUGAGACUUUCUGUUUGCUGUGACUGAAUUUAUCAUGUUUUGUAUCUUUGGAUUAAUCCUCUUUUACUCCCACAGCUUCUGUUGUGACAUGUUUUUGGCUGAGUAACAUCAAAUAUCAGUUCAUUGUGAAAUACGAACAACACCAUAAUAUAAUGAAAAUGACAUUUUUUCUUUCCAUUUAUUUCAAUUUUAUUUGACUUUGAAAUAAAUGGACUUGCAUCUGAUGCAGCUACCUUUCAAUACAUGUACAUAGAUGUAAAUAUCGAGGUGGAUGUUGUUUCUACUUUUACUAAACAAAACAUAAUGCAGUACUAUGGACAUUAAAAUUAAAC